UUUUUGACUGUCUCUCGGCUACCGUACUCGUCCACUCGUCGCGUCGUGCGUCUCUGUUGUCGGUGUUGUGAUAUGCCGUAAAAGCAGCCGCUACACCGGUGUCUCGCGUUCCGUGGUACUGUAGUACUUCACCGUUCGUCGCCUGUGCCCAGCCUGCGUGCCGAUACCGAGCUGUGCGAAGCACUUGUGCUGACACUGGCGUCUAUGUGAUGAAAGCCGCACUCUUGCUCCGGGAUUGCUCCCCGUGAGGCCGCCAGUCAUCCCGUAAAACGACAGCGCUUCGACGAUAACGAAGCCAUCUCUGAUCAGCGUUCGACGCGAAGCCGGCUGACAUGGAGAACUCCAACGUGGAAGAGGAGCACAUCGUGAUGACCCCCCGCAAGAAGGCGGAGGGCCAGACGACCAUCAAGAUGGAGCGGGUGGCUCGGCAGGCGCUCGACAAGGGCAACGUCAUGCACGAGGCCGGCGGAGACCACCGGGGCAUCGUCAUCAACCGGCUCGCCAGCAGGGAUGACGAUGAUGAUGAUUCACCCGAGAUCUCAUUGGAGUUCCGUGUAUUCCUCACCAAUGUGGUGACAGAAGUCCACACACGGGAAAGCAGAGAGCUCAAGUUCUGGUUCAAGCCGGGGGUGACCAAAAAUGACCAGCGCCAUUCUGCCCAAGAAUUUUUUAAAGAACUGGUCAGUCCCAGUGACUUUCCCAGAGAUUAUGUGGGCUUUAUAAAGAAGAUUAUGAAGCUGAUGCAGAUUAAGUAUGUCAACAUGCGCAAGGUGGAGAUUGAAAUGCGACAGCUGGAGAACAUUACUGAGCCUCCCCGACGCCCGAUGUCUCUGGAUGACAGCACACUUGAGGCCAAGAUGGAGCUCACUCAAGAGAAGGUCCUGGAGAUAAUUGAGUCAGCUUAUCCCAACCCUGUGUCCCUCAGUGAACUCUCCAAGAACACCAACCACGCCCCUGAAGAAGUUCACCUGCACCUGCGUGAGCUGCUGUCAAAGAACCUCAUCAAAGAGAUGGAGUCUGGGAGCUUCACCCGUGUGGUCCAGAAUGACACUGAGGUGAAGAUGGUUCGCCAGAUGCCAACAGUACAUGGCUCGCAGCAGCCAACCAUUGCCAUCAUCACAGCCCAGUACUGCGAGAAGCUCGCCGUUGACGUAAUGAUUGAGAACAAGAACACUUUCGUACGCUACAAGACUGAAGGCGAGUCCAAUGUGUACACCCUGGGCAACAUUGGUGCUCACAGAGUGGUCUCAACAAAACUUCCCGCCGUGGGCCAUUCUCGAGCGGCCAUCAUAGCUGCUGGAAACACGACCACACGUCUGCUGGGCACUUUCCAGAAGGUCGACUACGUCUUCCUAGUUGGCGUUGGAGGCGGAGUGCCUCACUACACCGACCACACCCAGCACGUCCGCCUGGGGGAUGUGGUGGUGUCAGCACCUAGGCCAGUGCCAUCUGCCACAAAUGGCAACACCAAUGGCGGCACCAAUGCCAUGACUGGCCAGCAUGUGUACCUGUUUGCUGAACAGCAGCAUCGUUCCCCUGACCACCUGCCAGGCAGCCGUGAGCCCUCCCCAUCAGAGCUUGCCUACAGCGUCAAGACAUGGUGCCCACCUGAGCUCAGGCUGCAGGAGCUGGCUGAACAAAUGUGGCAGCAGGGUGCCGCAGACCCCGAGCUGCGACCCUGGGAGCGCUACAUUGAAGAUGGUCUGCGGGCUCUGGCAGACCAGGAGUCAGAUUUUGCGCGCCCCCCAGAGUCCUCUGAUCGACUCUACAUGUCUAUUGGAGCAAAGGACCUCAUUGAAGUGGCUCACCCAGCUCCUCCUCCAGGAGCAUCUGACCACAGGCUUCCCGGGCGACCAGUGGUGCACUUUGGCAGCGUGGCCUCGGGUCUGGGCAGCGUGGUGCGGGAUGAUAGCCGACGGCACGCACUGGCUGAGGAGUACGGCGUGCGAGCGUUCGACACCGGCUUCGACACUGUCGUCGAGUCCAUUUUUGGCAACCGCAAGGACCACUAUGCCUUCAUCCGUGGUAUCGCCGACUACAAGGAUGGCAGCAAGGGCCGCGAGUGGCAGCCAUGUGCUGCGCUCGCUGCAGCCGCCUUCAUGAAGGCCGUUGUCUGUGCCCUUGAUCCCGCUGAAGAGGACUGAGUGUUGUCCUCGCCAUGUUGCAUAUCCUUCAUUUUUAGUUGCUCUGAUUGCAUUCUCACAUUGCAACUGUUUUGUGACAUUAAGUGAGCCAACUUGCCACUUUGCACUUUCCAUUUCAACAUUUCAGAGAGCCCUUAUAGGGAAGUACUUGGAAGGAAGCUAAUUUGAGCUGUCUCCACAAUUUAAAAUUUCAUUGAAAUUCAUUGUUACAUGGGUAUCUUAGAGUGAUACAUUAGUUAUUUGUGAAUGGGCAAAGUACAACAUGUAGUAGUUAUCUUCAUCAGUUGUUGACAGUCCCACCAGUAAAAGGAUUGAGCAGUUACUGUCAGGCAUUGAACUCACUCGCAUUAAACUUCCUUUGUAGAAUAAAAUUUCAUUGCACUCUAACAUUUAAAAUGUUACAGCCUAGUGCAUAGUAGUACACUUUAUACCAAACACGAUUUGACCUUUUCUUAAAUAUUUCCUAUAGAGCGUGCCCCUAGAAUGUAUGGCAUACGUUGAGAAGGGGAGGCGUGGAACACCCUAUGGUACUUGUGCAAAAUCUUACCAGUGUUCAGCAUCAAAUGCAGGGCUAUACAUGCCACUAUCCCAACCUAUGGGUCGCACUCAUUUCUGCACCUUCAGGGUGCAUGAUUCACACAGAGUAAACAUAUAUUCUUUGUGAAUAUGCCAUCAUGCACCUGUCCCUAUUCCUUGCGCUGGUGCUCUUCUAUGCCGUUUUGUUUGCUGCCCGUCAAUGGAUGAUAACACGCAGAACUUCACAACUUGUACUCCGGCCAUACAGCUCAAGUGCCCUCAUUAAAAUGUGGAUUGGACACUAGAAAAAGGGAGUAAACUGACACCCACUUGCUGAGAACAAGAAUGGGAUUGCUGCACAUUCAAACAGACUCCUUGCAGUAUACAAGAGCGGCCACCAGCCUCUUAAUACAGUGUCAGCACUUGAGCUCCAUGGAGAUGAAGCCUUCUUGUGAAGUUUUAUAUGUUGGCAACAUAUGGUGAGAGCACUAACAGCUAGCAGGCUCCAUUCCAUAACAUAGUAUAUAACAGAUAGAAUACAGUGGUGGACUAGUGUGUAGAAGUAAAGGGAACUAGCCUCUGUUGAUCAUCUAAACCAGAGAUACCUAUCCAUGUUGAAUGCCACAUGUAGCUGCCAAGGCAGUUCUGCACCUUCCACUGUUAUAACAGCUUCUAGUUUAACUAUACACAAUGUUAUUGAGAAAGUGAAGGUUUCUUUUCCAUGCUGCAGAACGGGUGGAAAGUGAAAAGGAUGAACUCACUGAAGCACUGAGUGCCAGAGCCCAGAGUUGUUUGUAGUCAUUGUUUCCAUAUGAAUAAGACACGCAGGGAUGUACUAAAUUGUUCUCUAACAAUGCCCUAGAUCACCAAUCACUGAUAGUACUUGGACCACAAGCAUUUGCUGCCAUCCUGCCUUCAUGAUCUAAACAUUCAUGUUGUUGCACAGUAUUGUUGUUGAACAAAUUUUAGAACAAGACAUCAUGUUUGUCUCUGUAACCUAAAUGUGUUCGCUUCUGUUAACAAGCCAUUACAGCGAUCCUUUUUGUCUAUUUACAGCAGUCAUUGCCACUGCUUACAGCAUAAGCUAUUGUUGAAUGGAAAUGUAAUUUGUUCAUUGAAAAAUGAAGUAAGGCCUUUGACCUUUUCUGUACAGGUCAGGUACAACAUCAAGCACUAACAAUAUUUCUUUUGUAAUUUUAAUACUUUACCAUGCAAGUUCAUGGUCACCACAGGACGCUCCAGCACUGGCAUGUACUUUACUGAUUUGUCACAAAAUGGUUGCAGUGUAUGAAUGCACCCCUGUGAAUAAUGCGCCAAAACAGACUCAACCUAGGGAAAAGGAAAGUCAUUUGAAGAACUGAAGUGUCUCUGAGAUAUGUUUUAUUUCUGAAUUCUAUUCAUUUUGCAUGGGACCUGUUUCGAGAUAGGCAGGAUGCCAAGUGGACAGGUGCUAGUCUGCUACGCAUCUGCAUGAUUAUUGUCGAAUGUGCUACUUGCAUGCUCCUUUUGUGUGUUUGUUGGAUCUCUGUUUAUGAAGCUUCAAGCCAAAUAAUGCUCUUUGUGGGCUGAGCCUGAAGGUCACCAUGGCAGAUGGAACAUGCAGAGUUAAUGCAUAGUUAAAGCAAACUACAGUUCUCUUGGGCUUACGCCACAGAAUUGGUCUGGGUUUGUAUUUGCCAAGUUUUACCUGUCGUGUCAUCACUGUGCAAAAAGGAGGCUUGCAGGGUCUUUCCUUCUUUUUUCAGUCGAACCUUAGUAUAACGAAGUUGCCUAUGGCAUGAAAGUAUGUUCAUUAUAUAGACUAUGUUUAUUAUAAGUGUAUUGUCGUCAUAUGCUAAUAUCAGUGAUAAAAAAUACAGAUUUGCUUCAUUAUAUUCAAUAAUUUGUUAGGUCUGUGUUCGUUAUAUCGUGGUUGGACUACCUACAUUUCUGGAGAUAUUGUUCCUUUCCAGCAGUUAGUGAAAUGGGUUAUCAUUAUCAUUUCUUACAUGAGUGCCAGGAACUCUGGACAAAAGUGAGUGACAAGUGACUCAUAUGCUGUAGGAAAUUAUGGUGCAGCUGGUGUCUGAUACAACAGGAGGCGAGCUAUUAUAGGAGAAUGUUGAUGCAACAUCAGCCAGUUAUUAUCAGGUUAAUAAAAACUGCUUGAAGUGAAGUAAGUAAGUGAUUACCAUAUUUAGUACUCGAUUCCAAUCUGCUCCUUUUUUCCCCCCCUAGAAGAUGACAUAUGCAUUAGAUUCAGGUAUGAAACCAAAACUGUAAUGUUGACAACCUAUCAUCAUUGAUGGGAAAAUAUUCUAUAACUCAGUCCAAUCCACAAGUUGUUUUACGGGGCUGUCAUGAACCCUGUCAAACUCGGUCAUGUUGUCAAAUUUGCCAUCUUAGCAUGGAAGCUUGGGCGCCACACAGAGCUGUUGCAAGUCAGCGCUGUGUGCGUUUCGCUCUCUCAUGUCUAUCUUUUUUGCGCUGUGUCGUAUUUUUUUUUUUUUUUUGCUAUCUUAAUUACCAUCUCUGAUUGGUUCAAUGAGCAGCUAUAUAUGCCUUCUCAGAUUGGCUCACAGCACCAACAUGGUGGAAUUCAACAACAUAGUGGAAUUGACGGUUUCUAGAAUAUCACCUCACUAUAGGAGCUGCAGUAGUUUUUUGCCUGCUCCACGAGUUAGGCUGCCAUAGUCUACGAUGCACUUAAGAAAUUAAGUUUCAGAAAGGCUCUUGAUGACAGCACCAAAGAUGCUGGCGCUCUGGGGCUGUUGAUAGUGGUGAGCAGGCAUGCGACAGCGACAUUGAGUGAUGUGCAUUCUGCUUUAGCUCCGAUGCAAAAACAUUUUUUUUUGUCCAAGUGAGAGCAUAUCACCAUUAAUCUCUCUUUUGUCGUGAAAACUGGUGAGUGAAAUACCAAAGGCAUUGUAUUUAUUAUUUCCUCAAACAUCAAAAUCAGGGUGCACAGUAAAACUGAUAGCACAUUAGAACUGAGUAAAUACGGUAAUCAGAAAGUUAAUCGAAUUCUUGCCUGACCUCAGCAGUCACUGCACUUUCAAGUGGUGCUUCUCACUUAACACUGCACUAGGCAUAAGAGGAUUAAAUUCAAUACAUUGCCCUCUUGAUGUUGUUAAUCUAUAGCGAAACCAAUGUGUACCAUACACAGCGUCUCCAUAUAAGCAUAUAGUAGCUGGAUACUUAUGUACAGGCUAGCAAGUGAACAGCACCGAGUUAUGCUGCAAGAGUGAAGAGCGAAGAACAAAGUUACACCAUUGAUCUUGUUGUACUUGUGGAGCGAUUAUAUGGCUUUUACCUGGCACGCAACCAGGACAGGUGAUGUGGGAUGCAUUCUUGUAUGCUGUAGCUUCUGUGUAAGACUCUUAAUCAAACUCUCUUGUUUAACCAGCAGUUUAGUUUGCCAUUGACAUCAGUUUGCUCUGUCAUCACAUUUAGAAAACAGCACCAUGUGAGAUUUCUACAGUUGCAGUAGCUGUCUUUCUAGCAUUGACAUCUCGGCCAUAGGAACAGCGAAAGUCUGUCUUUGUCUCUAUGUACAAAUUGCCGUGGCUGCACUUUUGAUGUUCACAGAAGUUAACAUAUUUUAAACCCAUAAGGAGCGUUGGUACAGGAGUGUAGACUUAAACAGACGGUGACAUUUUGUAUUUUUCUUCAUUGUACUGUGUGCUACCACUGUCUCCUGUAGCAAAUGUCUUGCUUGAACGGCAUUCUGCCUGUUUUAUUUCAAGUGGAACUGGUUUGUGGUUGUCAAGGUAUCCUAUUCAGAAGGUUAUGUUCCCAUGUAUCACAGAAGAGGUAGCUGUUAUGCAGAGACCAGACUCUAAAGCUAUAUUUUAAUACAGGCUUAAAGGGGCAUUAAGGAGAAACUCCAAAUCAAUUUGAGAGAAAAUAAAAAGCGGGACUUCUCCUUGAAAUUUGCACACGUACAAACCACAGCAUUGGUGAGUGCAACAGAUUUCGCUGCAUACCAACCUCUUCAAAAUGGGAAAAGUUCUCAGAAGCUGCCAGACUUUGUCAUCACUUACUUUUGAAUGCAGUAUAAUCCUUCUGUAUUUGGAAAUGUCAACUCGCCCCAAGCAGGCGAGGUCAAAUCCCCCAUCACUGUAAGGAACUUAUAGUCGAUGACAACCUAAUAAUACAAUAGAUAAUACACCGCCAUCCAACUGAAGGAAAAUGUGUACAGAUAUGCCAGCCAAUUACGUUCGCUCGUUUCCUUGAUAGAAAGGUCGAGGCAAACUUCUUUCAAUAUCGGCAUCACUUGAGUACUAUGUUUUGGAGUGCAGAGGCACAGCGAGCAGGUGCCUUUUGGCUCUGUGGGCGAAGCUUGUACUGAAUUAUUGAACGGUCACCGACUAUCGUAAAUGAAUUUCAAGGUUGCAUUGCCAUCUUUUUAUGUGGCAUCCUUUGAGGCUUAUCAAGCUGUGCUCACAAUAGGACGGUAAUUCUAAAAGUAUAUUCCAGCAAAAUGUAGCUUAACUUGUUGUUUCUCAAUAGUGUGUCUUUAAGGUACUUUAGUCAAGCUGCACUGCGUUUUCUCUGUGAUUGUAGCCAAUGUAGUUGUCACGAGAAAUGCAAAUUAGUGUUCCACAGUGAAAACAAUCUUUACAGCUUGGUUACAAUCGCACUGCGAGUAUAGUGUCCCUCUAAACGUGCUUUCCUUUUGCUGUGCGUGGUGUGCUCAAUAUACGUACACACACUUCAGUCCUUCAGCAAGAGGAAAGAGAAUGUGCAGUCCUGCAUCUCGACUGCCGACAUGUGUCAAAACACCAGAACCUGGUUUUCUUAUUCUGAAUGCUGACAAAGAAAGAAGUUUACACAAGGUUGCAGUGCAAAGAUAACUCAUUUCACUGCCUCUCACUAGCAUUUCUGGGCGCCAGCAGGAUGUCGAAGGCAACAUUCACACUUGUAACAAGAUCCUGCAACUGACCGCAACUGGCAAUCAAGGAGUCACUCGCAGCAACCAAUGUUUAGACUGGCGAGUGCAACCUGCCCGCCACCACACUGAAAUGUGUCACGAUUAAUGUUGUUCACAUGCGUUUGCGCCACCAUAAAUAAACGUCAUUGUAUACUGAUGUCCUGGCUUUGCUCAGACUGCUGAUUGUUUCAGCAAGCUUUGUGGUCCCAGUUGCAGGAGCUGCAAAAUGAGCAGUGAGCGAAUGACCUAAAAGGAUCACUUUUUCACCAAAGCAGCCAUCACUUUGCUCAUGUGGUGGUCAUGUGAUCAUUUGGUCAUGUGAGCUCUGUGACUCACAAGUGUGAAUGCCGCCUACAACAGACAGGCGUUGCUGUAAGAGGAACUGCCAAGAGGUGUUCUGCCACAUUCCUGUUGGCAAAAAAACGUGUGGGAUUUAUUCGCUAGCAUGAAAUGUCUUUGUUUCUUGUAUCACACAAACGAUCUGCUGUGUGAAUGAUGCCAGAUUGGUAGCACACCGAUGCAUCAUGCAUGGUAUCCCGGGCGACUCAUAUUUUGUUUUACUGUGAUGUGUUAGAGCAAUGCAUCAGUAUGCAUUAGCUGUGGUCUAACUGAGAUUGGUGGCACUCUUGCAAUAUGUAAAUACAACUGGUCUCACUGUGCCAAACGAAAAUGUGUUGAUUACAAGAUUGUAUACAUGUGUGUUAAAACAUAUGCUUUAGAUGUGUGGCAGGCUGACGUCCGCUAAUUCCUGAACAAUGAUGAGUUCACGAUGGUGUUUGCCCGUGCUAUUUUUACAUAAAUGCUUUUGCAGUGAUGCAGCAACCGGCAGCUGCUUGGGCAAGCACUUUUACUGAUUGUGCAACCUUCCAAAUGCUUAUGUGCAGCUGAGACAUGCGAAGCAUGCUUGAUACAGCAUUGUAUGGCAGGCAUAAAAUACAGAAACAGUGGUGCUUUGAGGAGAAGGUGGACAGCCAUUGCUUGAAUGGUGCUCAUAUCAGGAAACAUGAGCUCCAACAUGAGGAAUAACACUGCGCUCGAACUUUGGUUUAAUCAUAUAGAAAGCAGUAUGUCUUCAUAGUCGGCUAACCUGAAAAGAUGAUCACCUUUCUAUACUCUGCAUUUAUUGGUAUUCAUAAAUUUUAAUCUGGAUAGUAUAUGCUUUUUAUUCAAAGUCGAUGAAAGGUAAUAUACACGCAGUAUUUCUUUUCUAUAGAGAAGACUAAGAAUCUAAGCUGCAGGGUUAAGAAGCAUGUUUAGGAAAGAAGUUUGCACUCAGGCAUGACUUGUGUUUUGGAAAUACGUCACCGCUGUGACCAGAAGGCCCAACUUGCCACUAGAAUAUUCUUGAGACAUUAAAAGGAGGUCAAACUUGUUUGCAUAGAGGAACUGAGUAUGACUAUUGCUUUCUUGUAUAUUUUAAGGCACAUUAAUUAUCCUAAUGUCUAGAAAUUGUGCCAUAGUGCAGGCUCUUAUAUGUCCUGCAAACUGUCACCGUCUGGAGCAAGAGUGGAUAACUUUAAGCUUCCCUGACAGCAUACACCAUGACUCAUAGUUUUACAAAGGCAAACUGAAAACAUUUGGCAACUGACACAUUCUUUGUUCAGUUUUGUGCUGAGAAUUUCUUUUUAUUCUUGUUGCCUCUGCAGGCUUUCUUUUGUAGUGUUAGAUGUGAAUGUAAUGCCGCUGGAAGAUAUCAUGCUCUAUCUUGUGGUCUGUAGAGGUCAGAAACUUGGCUUAAUGCCAUAAUGGUGGUUGAGUUUCUGUGCAGGACCCUGCCUUGAAAAUCUUAAUUUUGGAGAGUGCUAUUCUGCUGCAAACAUUGUUUUUGUUCCGUCUUUGAGAACUUGAAUCGUGUUUCCAGUGCCGUUUAUGUUGACUUUAAGGAAGACUAGAAUGACAGAUGUUUACGUUGUGCAUUGUGUCAUCAAUGUGCUUAGUCAAGGCAGAAAGAACUUUUGGUUGUCUUCAUGCUGUAAACAGAAAGGGUGUGUGAAGCAUUCCUUAGAUGUUCGGAGGGCAUCCUUGUCAGGGCACGAAGGUGUCCAGAAUGCAUCUCAAGCGAGCCACCGUAUGACUUUUCAAGGACAUGAUAGGAUUGUUGUAGGAAACAUGCCUGGACUAUCCACACGAAUGUCUCACACAAGGACGUUGCUGUGACAUUGUUUUACAUAGUCUGCAAAGAAGUUUCCAUAGCAGACCUUCACUGCUGUUUUGAGACUGCUCACUUAGCUUUGUUGUAGGCAUUGGAAAAUGUACUGCAGUUGCUGGAAAAGGUAGCAUACUCUCUAAGGAUGCCCAGAACAAACAUCAUAUAGGCUUGAUUGACAGCGUCGUCUUCUCACCCGGGAAACGUUGAAACAGAAGGAAGAGGGCUUAAUUGCUGUUUUUAAUGCUCAUCUGCUCGUUAAGCCGAGAAACAGAGUAUACAUAUAGAUAUAUAUAUUUCAUCGCUACAGUGUAUAGAAUGUGCUGGCAUGUGUGUCAGAGCUGGUGCACCUUGUUUGUUUCAGGAAUGCAUGGUUUUACUUUGUGUGUGCUCUACGAACAAAGUGACAUGACCAUUUGAUUUUAUUUUUCUAAAAGUUGCUUGUUUCAGUCGGGCUUUGCCGUGAAUACACAGCCCAGGUGACACUGCGUGUGUCACAGUUUUGUUUGCCUUCUCCUCCUCCUGUACCACAAGUGCUCCCUUAGAGAGAAAAUAAAGACGUUAAUAUAUUCCCCGCGCA